GAAGAGGUGAGUGUCACGCCUCCUGCUCUGAAGAGGUACCCGUUCCUGAGGGCCGACUCGUUUCAGCUAGUCGAUCAAGCCCCGCAGAUCAUGUCAGACGAGGGGGUGAUUUCGAGAUGCACGGUCUUUCUCCUUCCUCUCCUCUUCGUCUUCAGCGGGGGGCUGCUGUGGGUUGGUUAUCACUGGGGAUAUCUCGGGAAGCUCGGGGGCCAGGUCUGGUCCAGGCUCGAGAUCUUCCGGAACAGGGUUCAAGCCUUUCCAGCCUCUCAGAACUUUCACGACCUCCAGACUGGCCCAGGCCCUCUCAGAGCGACCUUGGUCAUGCGUACGGUGACGAUCGCCCUGAUGGUGAUCGCGGCGAUGCUCCAGGUCCAAGCAGGGAAGACGAAAGGAGAUACUCCAGCGAAGAAGGCAACCGAGGAGUUUCUCGCCCGCAGCCGGUCCGCCGAGUCCGAGGUAAGCUUGGAAUCGUCGGUCAUCUCAGAGGCGCUGGAGAUGCCGGGCACGUUCGUCAACGCGGCGUCGGCGGAGCUGAUGCCGAGCCUGCCGAUGGACCAGCAGCAG